CUCUGCUGCCUGAUGGUCUGUUGUCUGUUGUCCACAUCACUGAUGAUGGAAUGAGCAUCCUGGAGCCGCUGGAGAUUACAGACACUCAUGUGGUCAUUAAAGUCCCUCACCUGUCUAUCUUUGGCCUAGUCUGGGACAUUGUUAAGAGGUUGUGGACGAAACCAGUUAGCGGCCGAGUUCUGCUUUUCCACAAACCAGCAAACCCAGUAACACAAAUGCAAAAACUCAAUGCGUUUCUCCUCCCAAGGAACAUCCAUAUGGACGAGGUCAGCAAACAGCAACAGCCUUAUAAGAACAUCAAGCCCUCUUCUAAAUGCAAACUAAUCAAAGAUCAAAUUUACAGUCUUGACUGUCCUGAGGCCAGCGAAAUUCAGCCAGAGGAAGAAGAGUUUGAUCUGGAGUUUGGACCAAAUUACGACCCAAUGUUUGAGAUCUGGCUGCCUGCAAGCAGAAGAAGAGUGAUAUUAACGGUUCAAGACCAAACACAGAUGGUAGUCUGGACGCGUAAAGUUGAUCUGACAGAUUCAAUAGAGGAAAUUCCACAGAGGGAUAUCCAAGCAGACGAGAGAGUCCAAGCAGAGGACAGAGUCCCAACAGAGGACAGGGUCCCAACAGAGAACAGGGUCCCGGCAGAGAACAGAGUCCCAACAGAGGACAGAGUCCCAGCAGAGAACAGAGUCCCAGCAGAGGACAGAGUCCCAACAGAGAACAGGGUCCCGGCAGAGAACAGAGUCCCAACAGAGGACAGAGUCCCAGCAGAGGACAGAGUCCCAGCAGAGGACAGAGUCCCAGCACAGGAGAGGCUGCGCUCAGUUCGGACACAGUUUAUAAACGGUGCGUCUGACCCUGUUCUGAACCAGCUUCUGGAUAAACUCAUUGAGCGUCGCAUUAUAAAUGAUGAGGAAAUGCAGUCAGCUACAACAAAAGUCAAAGCAGAAAAAGCUCGAUACUUGAUCGACACAGUGCGAAACAAGGGACCUGAAGCCAGCUCAGUCCUGAUCGCUGCUCUGUGUGAGUUGGAUCCAUGCCUUUCCACAGUGCUGAACUUCAACUGAAACAAAAGCAAGAAAGUGUGUGAUGAUGAAUCUCAUUAACAGCUCGCUGGUCUCACAUUACUUACUGGAGGUAAUGUGUUCUGAUUAGACAAAGACCGAAAAGAUUUAGAAUCAUUUACAGAGAAUAAAAUAUUUUUAUAUCAAUAUUUUAUCACUGCUACGCUUUUUUAAUGUGUGUGUGGGCUUGUGUUAAUAUCUUUGUGAGAACCAUUUGAGAUUCAAACCAUCGUAGUGUCCCUCAACAGGUACUGAUGUCUCCUCAAAUACACAAGAAGAAAAACUAAUCCGUGCAUUUGUUCAUUCUAGGCUGUAUUACUGCAACUCCUUAUUAUCAGGUUGCCCCAAUGAGUCCAUUAAGACGCCCCAAUACAUUUUCUGUCAUGUUGUGGCUGUUUGGCCAUGACACAGAUUACAGUCAUCAAAAUAAAGUAAAAUGAGAACAACAAAAGAAAGAAAAAUAAAAAAAACUGAAGAAAUUAGUAAUAAAGUAGUAAGAUCCUUUCUUUUUAGUUUUAAUUAAUAAACUUGACAUCAGACUUUGACUAGCCCUUUAAAGUGGCUCAGUCCCAAAAUACUCACUGACCACUUUUCACA